UCCGGGGCCGGAGCGGGACAUGGUGCUGUCAGAGCUGGCCGCGCGCCUCAACUGCGCCGAGUACAAGAACUGGGUGAAGGCGGGCUACUGCCUGCUGCUGCUGCGCGGCUGUCUGCAGGGCUUCGUCGGCCGCGAGGUGCUCGCCUUCCACCGCAGCCUGCUCGCCGCUGCCCCCGGCCUGGGCCCGCACGCCACCUGCCGCAGCGGCUCGCGGUGCACCCCGCGCGCCCGCCAGUUUCAGCCUCAGUGUCAGGUGUGCGCGGAGUGGAAACGGGAGAUUUUGAAACAUCAUACCAGCAGAAAUGGAGACGUCCACUGGGGAAACUGCCGGCCGGGCCGCUGGCCCGUCGACGCCUGGGAAGUGGCCAAGGCCUUCAUGCCCCGAGGACUGGCAGACAAAACAGGCCCCGAGGAAUGUGAUGCAGUUGCUCUUUUAAGUCUCAUCAACUCCUGUGAUCACUUCAUGGUUGAUCGGAAGAAAGUCACAGAGGUGAUUAAGUGUCGUAAUGAGAUCAUGCACUCUUCAGAGAUGAAAGUGUCUUCUAUGUGGCUUCGAGGUUUUCAGAUUAAGAUCCAAAAUUUCCUGAGUGAGUUCAAGAAUAUCCCAGAGAUUGUGGCCGUAUACUCCAGAAUAGAACAGCUGUUGACAUCUGACUGGGCUGUUCACAUCCCCGAGGAAGAUGAGCGAGAUGGGUGUGACUAUGAAACACGAGUUUACCUGAGUGAGAGCCAAGUGAAUGAAAUAGAAAUGGAAUUACUAAAGGAAAAACUGCGAGAGAUAUAUCUUCAAGCAAAAGAACAAGAGAUGUUGCCUGAAGAGAUCUUGAAUCAACUGCAAGUGGUGAAAGCAUUUCUGAGAGACAACAAGGAUCUUAGAAAUGGUCUUACAGAAGAUGUGCAGAAGCUAGACAGCCUCCAUCUACAGCAUCAAAAACCAGAUUCAAAGGAACCUGGGGCACAGACACCCGAAGGGAAGGCCUGAGAUGAGUUUAGGCAUAUGAGGUUAAAUAAGGACAGGGUAGCCUCAUCUCUUUGAUGGCUGUUCUCUUAUGUAAGGCCAUAAUGAACACACCACUUAGUCUCAUCUGAAGUUUCCCUAUGUCCUUAUUAUUUGAAAGAAAGGACACUGAGCUUUGUGCUCUUUCUAACUGAUGAUUCUCACAUCGGUGAAGUAAUUCAACAUAAACUCUCAGGUUUGUUGAGUCAAAUAUACCUUAAGUCAUGGGUCUGCUGUUAAGUGAAUCAACUUGAUAACAUAAUCAAAAAGCAUUUCAGCCCUAAAGUGGUGCCGAUGAUGCCUAGCUGUUAGCUGCGGCAUCAAUAGCAACUCGUUAAUUUCCGUAAGAAAAACUUGUGAAAAUAAAUAACUGUCUUCAAUAUUUUACUUUUUUCCCCUCAAAUAAAGAAAACUAAAUAUUUUCUUUGAUUUUAGGUUGCCCUUUGACAAACAUCAGGCAUGUUCUAUGGAAGUCAGUAUGGCAUCCAUCUCAGCCAUCCUUUUCUGUACAAGGGGAAAAGCUUACAAGAGUACUCCACCCAAACAAAAAGGAAUUUUUGUUGUCUUUUCCUGGACUUUCCUUUGACUCUUUGGGAGUAUUUUUUUUUUUAUAUUCGUAAGCUUGAUGUUGUUUGACCUAUACCAACCAAAAAAUAUUAGAUACUCUUGUGCCAAAACUUGCUAUUAUCCAGGGGUUUUUCUUUUUUUGUUCUUUGGGUGUUUUUUUUUUUUUUUUUUGCUAUUUAAAAGAUGAGAUUCUUUUCUGGUCCUAAACUCUAGUUGCUUAACACAGUAAAGGCUGUGUUCGGCCAGGCCUGUGUGAAGGGUCACACACAAUUUUCUGCCCACUGACACACAAGUCCUGCCUCUGCUCCCCCUUCCUGAAAGUCGCAUUCAUGAGAUGCCCAAGGGGUGGGCUGUGAUAUAAAUGUUGAGAUAUAAAUCCUUCCUUUUUGGAAGAAGGCAAGAAAAAAAAUUGCCUGACAGGCCAUUUUCUAGCCAUUUCCAGUUAGUACAGAAGUGUUACUACCUGGUGUUUCUGGUAGCCUGAGGCAGCAGGGCAAGGAGAUGGGCUCAGGCUGGUCUGUGGGGGCUGGCGAACACAGUGACUUGACUGACCAAAGCAGGGGGAGGGCCCAGGCCAGCAUCACAAACAGGGAUGUUGGGGAAAGCUCCGCAGUGGCUGGCUUGUGUAUGGCACCCUUAGGAAAAGCAAACUCCCACAGCAGUCACAGCUCUUUCUGUUCAGUAAUAUCCCGAGUGCUGAGCGCAGGGCGUGUCCUCAUAAGCUCGAUGAAUAUUUGUUGACUGAAGGUCAACUGAUAGCUGAGGAGUAUUCAGAGACGUAAAUGUUAUACUAUUAACUAAGCGUGGUCCUUUGUUAUGACAUUUAGGAAGGAAAUUCCAACAUUCUUAUGGAAAUUGAGACAUCAUUUUCUUUCAACAAAUACAUAAAUUCAUUCAUGCUUCCUCUAUUCCUUUUACCCAAAAAGUCAUCCACUUCUGACUGUCCUAUUUGUUUCCUGAACUGUGAAACCGCUGUCCUGUUGUAUACAGUGGUCUGUGGGAUCAGCCUCACCACCACCUUCCCCUACAUUUCAUUUCCAGAGCCCCCAGUACUUAACUGGGCCAUGUCGCCUAUGGACCUUCAGGGACAGAAUUGUCAUAUUCCUCACUGCCCAGAGGAAGUACUUCCAUUCCGAGCCCAAGUGAAGCCUUGCUCCUUGGCUUACCCAGCUGCCCGUCAAGGAUGUGAUCGGUAGAGAAUGGGUGGAGGGUAGGGUAUAUUUGGUAUAUCUUUGGAUUAAAAUGCAUUUAAUGUAAUUCUGUAAAACCUGGAUGAAUGGAAAUGUGCCUGUAACUUCCUGCUUUAACCUUUCCCAUUACUAUUUGGUCUUUAAUCUUACAUUUUCUUUCUCCCUUUAUCUCACGCAGUUCCUUUAGAAGACUUCAAUAGUAAAGUAAGAAUUUUCAUUCAUCUUGCAACCCCCCCCAAACUAAGAAACUUAAUGAAAUAUUUCCCAGCUGCUAGAUAUAAGAUACAAAACUUGAGACCAAAUUAAAUCUUGUUUCACUAACCACUUUAAGACCUGAUUCCUAACUUUAGGAACUUGGGGUUAUGAACAUUUUGAUUUCAUACCUCUCGUAUCUAGUUAGUUUUUCCUUACGUAUCCAACAAACAUUUUUCAACUGUCAACCAUGUGCCGGGCACUGCAGUGGAUGCAAAUGUGAGGAUUUGUGAGGUACAGACAAUGGUAUAUGAGCUGUCGUUUUACUGGAUUUAUUGUCUGCUCUGAUAGAGAGAUUGUUCAGAAAACAUUAUACUGUCAACAUUUAAUUACAUUGAAAUUGAAAUGAAGAAAGGAAGACAUGCCCAGAGUGGGCUUUAAAAGCAAAUGUAGCAUGUACAGGGCCAUCAACCUGUGGGCCUCUUCUGCAGAUCUGUGCACGUGGGUGCAGGGCAUGCUCAAAAGGGUGUUCACAGCAGCGUGAACACAGCGGCCAGCCAUUAAGAGAGGGCUGGUUAUACAAAUCACAGCAUGUCCGUGCUACAGAGUAUUAUGCAAGUGUUAAAAAGAAUGAGGUAAUGCUGCAAUGCAGUAAUAUGAGUGGUCUCUGAGACAUAUUAAAUAGAAAAGCAGAAUGUUUAACAAUGCAUAGCAUGCUGUGAAACUAUUUGUAUUUUCAAAUACUAGAGGUCUGGAAAGUUGUGUGCUUUUCCCAGGCUUUUUUGCUGUGUUCCCUCUGUGAAAGGACUGGGGUUGAGGGGGUUGGUUAGAAGAAAUUCGGCUUUUCUAUUUUGUAUACUCCCAUAUGAAAUUUUUACAACAUGCACUCAUGAAUUUUGAGGUUUUUUAAUUAAAAUUUUUAAUUUCAACAUAAUAAAGAGACAUGAACAAUAUAAGUUCAAACUGCAAGCCUUAUGUGUCACAUUUCCUGAAAUGUGAUGUCACCUCCAAUUUUGUGGGUAUCAGCUCCACCUCCGGGGGCACUUGUGAGGGGUCAGCGUCAGAAGCCCAGGAAGGAGUUUCCUUUCCGCACAGGGCUCUUUCAUCUCAGAGUGCCUUGUUUUCAUCCAGCGCUGUGAUUUGCUCUCAGUCUCUCCCUGGGACACAAUAGGUGGUUCAUAGUUUUGAAAGAAUUAGAGGAGAAAAAUGGUUUUAGCAUUAUAGUUGCAAAGAUAGGCAGUUCUUUG